AUGUCGGCAAUGGAUGACCAAGAUUACGAAUCCGUCCUGUUGGUGAUUCGUGAAUGCUAUGUCUACAAGGUUCCACCUAUGGUCUCAAGUCGUGGACACAGAGCAGCUGACUGGGGCAAUGUCGAUGCCCCUCUGUGGAGAGGGCGACUGCGUGUCAUCGCACAAGGGAAAAAGUGUUUUAUUCGACUCGAGGAUGGACAGACAGGAGAACUCUUUGCGGUCUGUCCCUAUGAAGAGAACAAGGGCUGUGUCGAGAGCGUCACCGAUUCAAGCCGUUACUUUGUCCUGAAGAUCGAGGAUCAGGGUCGACAUGCGUUCAUUGGGCUCGGGUUCCUGGAUCGAAGCCACGCAUUUGACUUCAAUGUCGCGCUUCAGGAUCACUUCAAGCACAUCAAAGCGGAAGAAAAGGCUGCGGAGUUGAAGAAGACCGGCGCGCAACAGCCUAAAUUGGAUUUCUCACUCAAGGAAGGACAGACAUUGAAUUUGACCAUUGCCGGUGGCAGUGGAGCCGGAUCGGCGCGUAGAGAACGUCCACCAAGGCCUGCAGCAUCAGAGGAUGGUGCACUUCCCCCGCUCCUUCCUCCUCCUCCGCCACCCGGCAAGAGGCAGUCGUAA